AGAACAGUUGGUCAAAGACAUCAGGUUUUCAGUCUCUCAGAGAGGUUUGGUCUGCACUCACCCGAGCUGUCAGGAACAUUCACACAUAUAAUCUAUAUCUAAAAUGGCUGCAAAACAAGACAAAGUUAAAGUGGGUGAGAAAUCAAAAGUAGCAGCGAAACCAAAAGGAAGUGAGAAACAGAAGGGCAGUGAAAAAGCCAAGGUAACUGAAAAAAUGAAAGGUACUGAGAAAUCAAAAGGAAAUGAGAAAGCAAAGGUAUCAGAGAAGCCAAAUGCGAAUGAAGUACCCAAGGCUGCAGAGAAUGCUGAAGUUGUGGAAAAUUCAGAAGGCACUGAGGAGACUGAGAAGAAAGAAGAGCUGGAACUCCCUCCAUUUGAGAUAAUAACAGGGGAGCGCAUUUCUCCCUUUGUUUUCAAGUUUCAGUUCAAGAAUGUAGAGUAUUCUUCUGGGAGGAACAAAACCUUCCUGUGUUACACAGUGGAAAUCCAUGGGGAUGAAGUGGAAAGUUUCAGUGGUUUUGUGGAAGAUGAGCAUAUUUCCUCACAUGCUGAGGAGGCCUUCUUCAAUGACAUCUUACCUCAGUUCCAAGCGAAUCGCAAGUACCGUGUUACCUGGUAUGUCUCUUCCAGCCCAUGCAGUGCCUGUGCGGCCAAGAUAGCAAAUGUGCUUCGUAAAAACAAGAAUUUGCAGCUCACCAUUCUGAUUGCCCGACUCUUCAUGUGGGAGGAGCCAGAGAUCCAGGAUGGUCUACGUAAGAUUAAAGGAGCUGGCUGUAAGUUGAAGAUCAUGAAGCCUCAGGACUUCAGCUCCAUGUGGUCAGCAUUUGUGGAACAGGAUACCGAGGAGCAAAAUGUGUUCACUCCCUGGGAGGACAUCCAGGAGAAUUUCCAGUACUAUGAUGACAAGCUGGCAGAAAUCUUACAGUGAAAUCAAGAAGCAGGAACAGCAGCUGUCUUCACCUCCUUCGACAUGCUGGGACAUCUGGGGAUAAUGUCCCAUGCCCUGCACAGAAGCUGAAGCUACAAGGAAUUAAUAGCCUUUCAUAGAUGUGCCAGUACCUCUGAGCAGCUAAACUCCAACAUGACUUUUCAUCUUUGACACUCCCUGGACUCCCUGGUUUGCACUACACUUUGCUCCGUCUGGGAAGUGUCUCACUCUGUCUAUAGUAUUUUGUAAAACAAAGAAACAGUUGCUGACUUUUUUCUGAUGACUGGCAGAAUUUAUCAUCUACCAUGAAUAUGAAGCUUAGUUUUUGAUGCUGCUUUGAAAUAAUUCAGUUAGUACUAGUAUGCCAUCAAUACAUCUGA